AUGGACCUCCUCCGCGUCGGUCGUCGCGGUCAGAAGCAAGCGACCGCGGCGCGGAACGAGAACUCGAUCGAUCCGACGACGACGACGACGACGACGACGACGACGACGAGCGCCUCUCGCGCGUUCGCGCGCCCGACGAACAAGCGCCCGCGCGGCGCGGUGGACGACCCCGCGUUCGACGACGACACGCUCCCGGACGGGUACCCGCUCUCCCAGAUCGGCGACGAGAGCGAGCGCGCGGAUGCGAGCGUGGGAUGGAGAAGCGCGUCGCCGCCUAGGUACGGCGGCGGCGGCGGCGGCGGCGGCGGGCCGUCGUCCGACCCCGGGCCGUCCACCGCGAGCACGGUGAACGGCGGGAAGGUGGUCGUGAACCAGCUGCUAGCGCUCGGGCGGAGCAACGCCGCGGCGGUGCAGCAGGCGAAGGCGCGGAGCGAGCGCGAGCGCGAGUUUGGGUUGGGGACGUGGGUCACGGACGGCGGCGGCGGCGCGGACGCGGACGCGCCGCCCCCGCCGCCGAGCGUGGACCCCGCGGAGCUCCUCGCGGACUGCCGCGCGAUCGACGCCGCGUCCGGGUCGCUGGGCGGGACGCCGUGGAAGUUCACGCAGUGCGAACUCGGCGUCGGCGCGCCGGGGGACGGCACCCCCGGGUCCUCCUUCGGACGACGCAGCGCGGGCGCGCCGACGCCGGGGUCGGCGGGCGCGAGCAGUGGCGGUGGCGGUGGCGGUAACGGCGGCGAGGGCGGCGCGCGGUCGAGCGGAGCGACCGCGGCGAAACGCUCGGGACUGAGCCGUUCGUCCGUGGAAGCGAGGAACAUCUCCGAGCGGUUGAACGAGACCGAGGACGCCGCCCCGAGCGGCGGCGGCGCGGGGGACGACGACGACGCGACGCAGGCUGCGGACGCGGCGCCGGCGGCGCCUCAGCCGCCGCGGGACGCGUUCGCGAUCGACGACGACGCGUUCGACGACGGGUUUGACUUCGCCGCGGCGGCGGCGGAGACGGAGCGGCUCAUGGCGGCGGGCGGGGGCGCGGCGGCGACGACGACGGCGGCGGCGGAGCCUCCCGAGCUUCCUCGCCGGGACCCGGCCCCGGCCCCGGCGGCCCCUCCUUCCGACGCCGCGGUCGCCGCGAUGAGAGCGGAGGCGAGGGCUGCCGCGCGCGAGGAGGCGAUGGACGCCGAAGCCGCGGCGUUGGGGGCGUACCGCGUGGUAUCCUCCGCGCGCGCCGCCGACGGCGCGCUCGAAGUCGUCGUCCGCGUCUGCGGCGGCGGCGGUGGCGGCGGGACGAAGACGCUGCGUCUGCACGACAUGUGGGCGGAGACGUGCGUCCGCGCCGGCGAUCUCGUGCGCGUCGUCGCCGGAGGGUCGUCCGCGAGCGGCGGCGGCGCGAGCCAGCCCGGUUCGGAGUGCGGCGAGGACGUCGUCGACGUCCGAGGCGGCGGCGGCGGCGUCGGGAAAGUGCUCAUCCACCACCCUCAGGUCCUCGUCUCGUCCACCGCUGUCGGCGGCAGCAUGCAGUGCCUUCGACGGACGAUCCUUCAGACCACGGUCCCGGACGGCGGCGGCGGCGAUCACUCCGCGGCCGCGAUGCUGGGGACCUUGUCGCACGAGCUCUCCGAGGCGUCGCUGGAGGCGGCGUGGAGCGACUCGGGACCGGGCGCGAAGGGUUUCUUCAAACACUCCGCCGCGCUCGUGGACGCGUCGAGCGCGCGACUCUUCGGCGCGGGCGUCACGGAGAAAGAAGCCCUCGAUCGACUGCGGUACGUCGGCCCGGGCGUGCACAAGUGGACGCGGCAGCUCGUGCGGCCGGCGUUGAAGAAAUCGAACCAGCCGGCGUCAACAGUCGCCGGCGUGGCGUGCAAGGUUUUGAACGGUCCGGGCCGCGCGUCGAGGGGCGUCGUCAGCGCGCUGAGGGUCGUCACCGCGGAGGAGACCGUCUGGGCGCCGCGGUUGGGGUUGAAGGGUGUCGUCGACGCGGUCGCGGUCGGGAAGCUCGACGAGAGCGGCGGCGACAGCGGCGGCGGCGGAGGAGGAGGAGGAGGAGGAGGAGGAGGAGGAGGAGGAGGAGGAAAGAAAAACGUCGUCACGACGGGGAUGGUCCCCGUCGAGCUCAAGACCGGGUACUGGCGCGACGCCGUCGAGCACGGCGCGCAGCUGACGCUGUACACGCUCAUGCUCGGCGACAGGUACAAACAGAGGGUGCCGUUCGGGGUGUUACACUACACGAGGCACCCGGGCGGGGGCGAGAAGAUGAAGAAGGACGACGAGACGACGGCGAUCAAGCCGCAGCCGGCGGACCUCGCGCACUUGAUGCACAGGCGGAACGCGAUCGCGGCGGCGUUGGUGCAUCGCGACGACGCCAUCACGAACGCCGCGGACGCCGCCGCCGACGCGUCCGCGUCCAUCGGGAUCGCGUUCGCGAACGGCGCGCUGCCUCCGAUCGAGCAGUGCAGGAGCGAGUGCGAGCGGUGUUUCGUGAAGGAGAACUGCAUGGCCGUCAACGCCGCGCUCGAGGGGGGCGCGCGCGCGAUUCGCGACGACGGCGUCGCCGCUUUGUCGAGAGAGAUGACCGGGCACCUCACGGACACGCACGCGCGCGCGCUCGCGAAGUGGCUGCGGCUGAUCGACAUGGAAGCCGCGGAGGGCGCGACGCGACGCGCGACGCCGUGGAUGCGCGUCGACGACGUGACCAAACGCGGCGGAUUCGCGCUCGACGGAUUGACGCUGGUGGACGCGCGCAGGCACGACGCGCCGAUCCCGGAGGACGGCGAGGCGCCGGGGGCGGAGGCGGACCUGACGCCGUCGAUGGAGAAGCUCGCGUACCGGCUCGCGCUACUCGGGGAGAAGAACGGCGACGGGGGGGGGAGCGGCCUCGCGAACGGCGGCGUGGACCGUUUACGAGAUGGCGACAGGCUCGUGCUGUCGCGCAAAAGCGGCGAGAUCGUCGUGUGCCGCGUCAUACUGAAAGCGAUUCACUUACCGGGCGGCGGCGAAGAGGGCGUCGCCGUCGACGUCGCGAUGGAGCGAAAACUCAGGUUCGACGGUCCCGGCGGCGCGAGCGCGGACGAGCUCUGGCGGAUCGACAGAGACGACAGCGGUGGGACGAUGUCCGGGCGCGCGCGAGCCGCCGCCAUCGCCGCGUUUUCAUCCGCGGACGAGCGGUCGACGGCGCUCCGCAGGCGACUCUUCGACCUCGAGACCCCGGUCUUCGACGCGUCGCGCGCGGAGCGGGCGCUGUCGAGCGUGUCCCCCGCGACGCACGCGGCGCUCGAGCGCCUUAACGACGAGCAGCGGCACGCGGGCGCGCUGCGCGCGGCGAACGACGACGUCGCGCGCCGCGUCGCGUCGCUGCCGCUGCCGCCGCCGCCGGGGAUGCCGGGGUGGCUGUUGCGCGCGACGGACCCGGAGUGCCGCGUCGUCAUGCUCGACACGACGGAUCUGGGCGCGGACGCGCACGAGCGCGAGGGCGGAGGAAAGCCGACGAACGCGUUCGAACGCGCCGUCGUGCUCGACGUCUUGCGCGGGUUACUGCGACGCGGCGCGUCCCCGAGCGAGGUCUACGUGUUGUCGCCGUACAACGGCCAGGUCGACGCGCUCGCGAAGGACCUCAGCGACGCCACCGCCGCCGCGAGCGCGGGGGGUGCCGACGACGACGACGGCGUCGACGCGGCGCUAUCGACGAUUGAAGCGUUGACCAUCGACCGCGCGCAAGGGCGCGACGUCGACGUCGUCGUCGUGUCCUUCGCGCGCGCCAACGAACGACGCGACCCCGGGUCGCUUCUCGCGGACGCGCGGCGUCUGAACGUCGCGCUGACGCGCGCGCGAGGGAAGCUCGUGCUCGUGGGGUGCGGUCGCACGCUCGUCAAGUCGCCGGUGUUGGACCGCGUGGUGGGGCUCGUGGUGCGCGAGGGGUGGAUGCAGAGGUUGACGCGCGAGGACGCGCUCGGGGUUCGAGGGGUCGGGGUCGGGGUCGGGGUCGGCGGCGACGGCGACGCGGCGGCGGCGGCGGCGGGGGAGAGUUGA